AUGGCCCCUCCUACUCCUACCUCCAACGCCUUUGCCGCCAUGAGGGACUUCGGUGGCACUGUGUCCUCCGCCCUUCCCUCCGGCGACAGAUCUCGCCAAGUCUCCUCCCUUGGGCCCGGUACUCUCUCUCUGAGGGAGCCGUCCGUCACUGCCCCUCCCUCCCGCUCCGCUUCUCCCGUCGCCCUUGCUGCUCCUCCCAGAGGGUAUCCUUCUCCCUCCCUUCGUCGCCGUAGGACGCCCACCUUCCGUCCUGGUGAGUCCCCGUCCUCCUCCGAUCAAGACGCGCUCGGUGAGGGCUCGGAGUCGAGCGGUCGACCCGACGUCGAAGAAAAUGACUCUGAUGAUGAUGAGGGUGAUGAUGGUGAUGAUGAGAAGGAUGAGGAGGCUAGGGAUGUGGAUGAGGGUGAGAGUGAGCUAGAAGAAUCUUCGGAUGAUGAUGAUGUGAGAGAGGUGAUGGAUGUAGAGGACGACGAGGUAGAUGGUCCUGAGCCCGUUCCAGCCCCCCACCCCACCCAAAUCGCGGGCCAGAAACGUCCCCGCUCUCUCUCCUCCUCCUCCUCCUCUUCUUCUUCUUCUUCUUCUUCUUCCGGGGUCCUCCCCCCCGCCAAUGCCAUCGCCGCCCGUCCUGCCGCCGCCCGUUCUCCUGCUGCUGCCGUCGUCGCUGCUUCCCUCCUUUCUCGCCAAGGGGAGCCUUCGCCCAAACGGGUGAAGAGGUCAUUGCGGGAAGAAGAGUACUUGUGGGGGAAGGUGAAGUCUGAGCCUGGACGUUGGGUUGCGGUUAGUGUCGAUGAGGUGUGCGAUCGUUGCCGACGUGAGAUUAUCACGUAUAAUCGUCCAAACUGGCCCUGCCUCAAGGCAGUCAGGCCACACAACAAAGCCCUCUGUUGUGCUUCAUGCACAUCUGGUCCUUGCUCCUUCUGUCCCGUCUCCUCUGCUCGGGACAUCCCGCCCCGUCCCUCCGACUCUUCGCCUUUCCCCCCUCCCCAGACUCCAGCGUCUGUCCCCCGUUUGCGGGUACCACCUUCGUCUCUCCGGUCGGUUCGCCGUACUUCGCCGGCCUCCCGCUUGUCACCUCCUUCGCCGUCGCCCUUCGUUCCUGUGGCCGGCCCAUCACGUCUCCCGGCUGCUCCUCCCUCGUCCUCUCGCCGCCCUUCGGCCUCUCGUCCUUCGGCCCCUCGUCUGUCCUCUCCCGUGGCGACCUCUCCUCCGGCCCACGGCACUCGAAGUCGCCGUCCUUCUGUUCCUCCGGCUACCCCAGUGGCCGCCCCUGUCUCCGCGUCCAAGAAGACUCCAAAGUCUUCGUUAAAGAAAUCGAAAGGGAAAUCUAAAGAGAAAGAGGUCGUCUUCGAUGAUGGUGAUGUGGAAGAUGAAAAUACUCAGCGCGCUGGUCCCUCUGCUCCCCGGCUGUCCUUCGUCCAUCCUCGUAUCUCCUUGGACGUUUGUAUUCCUGAGGAUGAAAAGGAAUUCACCACUUAUCGUUCUCUCGUCCUCGGUCUCACCACUCAGCUCGAGGCCACCCGAAAUGAUACAUCUCUCCUGCUUGACUUCUCUUCUCGUCAAGCUAACGCUUUAAAUAACCUUACUGCGGCGUUAGUAGAUGUAGUCAACACUGGAGCUCUGAACGAGGAAGCAAGGACGAGGUUAGCGGACGUCUCUCGUCGAAGUCUCACGGAGAUAGCCGAUGUUCGCCGAAGGCUUUUCGACACCCCCUUCCUCGUUACUCCUAUGGCGUAUGAGCCACCACCAUCCCUCGACUGGUUAGGUUGCCGUAGUAGUUCUCGUGUCCCCGCUUCCGCCCAGACUGCUCUCGACCUCCUCGGUCUUCCCUUCAAGUGUCUACGGACCAUACGAUCUCUGUGGAGGACUCCGAGCAUGCAAGCUGCUCGAGAUGUCCAGGACUUCGGUGACUGCUUUGCGGCUAUGAAUCGGGCAUGGAAUGCUUCUCUCUCUACUGCGUUCCCGUCUGAGACUCUCGAUCUUCCCUCCGCCAUUGGUAGUCUCCCCAGCAAUCCCGCGGGAUCGAGUAGAGCAAAGGAGAAAAAAAAAGGAAAGGGUAAGGGUAAGGAUAGGUGA